GAUUUUUCGGCAAUUAGGUGUUAAGCAUGUUUUAGGGACAUAAUCUGGGUACCCCUAAUUAUGAUACCCGACACAACUCUUUUUGUUGAAAUUCAUGCAUAAAUUCUAUGGCAGGCAAGAUAUUCCUUAGGCGAAUCUUGUUUGGAGUGCAUACUAUGCUUUGGGCCGGGUUCCUCAUGGCUCCCCUGAGAAAGGCUCCUUUUGGUGGAAAGAUGUAUUCAGAUUGGUGGAUUAUUUUAGAAGCCACGCUAUGCCUUGGGUUGGGGAUGGAAGGACCAUCCUCCUGUGGUAGGAUGUUUGGAACAAUAUCUCUCCCAAACACUCCUUCCCCUGCCUCUUCUCGUUUGCCAGGAAAAAAGAAUGUUCUCUUCAGGAUUUCCUAGAUAAUAUGAACCUGGAAGAUAAUUUCCAUACUCCCCUCUUUCCUAGGCCACCCAAGAAUAUCAAUUGUUCCAUGAGAUUGUUGGCCAUUUGCAAAAUUCUAGGGUUGGCAGAGACAGUUGGAUAUAUCCUUGGGGCAAUGCCAAUUUCAGUUCCUCCAAGUUCUAUAAUUUAACUUUCAAAUCGAUCCAACCACCGUCAGAUUUCAAUUGGAUCUGGCAAUCCAAAGUUUGUAAGAAACUCAAGAUUUUUGUUUAACUCGUUUUCAGAGACAGAAUUAACUCAAAGAAUCUUCUCAUAAGAAAGGGCUUCCUGACUCCUAGUAGUAAUCUCAAUUGUGUUCUCUAUGACUUGAGUUUACCUGUCCCUUUAGCUCAUAAUGAUGGAAUUAUGUGGGAAUUAAAUGGAACCAUGACCUGGAUUUCUUCUCGAUGAUUGUGGCUAGUAAGGGUGCAUUCCGUUACAGUUUCUUCAUGGAUAUCUUGGCCUUAGUGGCAUGGAACAUUUGGAAGCAUAGAAUUGAUUGCAUCUCCAGGAAUAUUGCUCCAUCUUUGCCUUCUUGGCAGUGCUGCAAAUCUUUUAGAUAAAUACUCGAAAAUCCCCUUACAGAUGCAAAAAAUUGCAAUUGGCUUUAUGGCUAAAUUCUCUAUAGCUUCUCCCAAACCCCCUCUUUUCUUUGCUUCUUUAUUUUGUCGCUCAUGUUACUAUCCUCUAAAAUAAAUAAAAUCGUGGUGUAGUGGUUUACCCUACAUCAUUUUCCAGUAAAAAAACGAGCAGCAAACGACGUCGAGUGCUGGAAGAUGUCUCGACCUUCUACAGGCAGUGGCCAUUUUUCAGGCAAGAAGCAAGCAGGAAGUUUGUAAAUUUUUAUCAACGCCCAAAUUAACCAGACUUCCUCAAAUCUCUCGGCGCCAUUGUUUCUCGGCAUGCAAACGAGGGCAUCUCCCUCCACUCGGCUGCCCUUUCUGCGUCCUCUCUGCCUUUCCCCAGGUAAGGGCAGAGGGAGAGAAGAAAGAGGAAGGGGAAAAACCGUCGACCAUGUCGACGGCCUUCUCCGACUUCGGUCCUCUCACGGAGCGGCGGCGUAUCGAGAGGCAGCGGCAGCAGCGUAGGCGCGUCAUGCUGGCCGCCGGCGCAGCGUCGGUCAUACUUAUCCUUAUUGUCAUGGGCGGCGCUGCCGUCGCGUACAACGCUAGCAUCGAGGAUGACUCGUCCUCGUCUUCCUCUUCCCCGUCGGGUGGUGGCUCGGGUUCCGGGUCGAACCUUAUCAGCGCGUCCAAGAGCGUCAAAAUGAUGUGCGCACAGACCGACUACAGGGAUGCCUGCGAGAAGAGCCUGUCCAAGGCGGCCGCGAAUGCCAGCGCGUCAUCGCCCGAGGACAUCGUCCGAGCCGCCGUGGCGGUGAUCGGCGACGCCCUCGGGAACGCGUUUAACCGGUCGGAGGUGAUCAAGAGCGACGAUCCGCGCGUGAAGGGCGCCGUCGCGGACUGCAGGGAGAUCUACCACAACGCCAAGGACGACCUCGCGCGCACGCUCCACGGCAUCGAUGCCGGCGGCAUGGCAGGGGUCACCAAGCGCGGCUACCAGCUCCGCAUCUUGCUCAGCGCGGUGAUCACGCACAUGGAGACGUGCAUCGACGGUUUCCCCGACGGGCACCUCAAGAAGCAGAUGACUGGCACGAUGGAGUCCGGGAAGGAGCUGACCAGCAACGCGCUGGCCAUCAUCGAGAAGGCCUCAUCGGUCCUGGUCGCGCUCCAAAUUCCGGGGUUCACCCAUCGGAGGUUACUUGGCAACGACGAAGAAGGAAACAAGGAGAAUGAACCCAAAGUACAACACUCGGGUACGUUGCUGGGCGAGCGCGACGACGACGUCCCGGCAGCCGACAGCCGGAGGCUACUCAGCAUUGAGGAAGGCACCCCACAGUGGGUGAACGGACCAGAGAGGCGGCUGCUCAAAGGCAACUUCCAGGCCAAACUCAAGCCCAACGUGGUGGUGGCCAAGGACGGCAGCGGCAAGUUCAAGACCAUCAACGACGCGCUCGGUGCCAUGCCCAAGCAGUACACGGGAAGGUACCUGAUCUACGUGAAGCAAGGGGUGUACGAGGAGUACGUGACGAUCACCAGGGCGAUGGAGAACGUGACCAUGUACGGCGACGGAGCCAUGAAGACCGUCAUCAGCGGCAGCAGGAACUUCGUCGACGGCCUCACCACCUACAAAACCGCAACCUUCAACGCGCAAGGCGACGGCUUCAUCGGCAUCGCCCUGGGGUUCCGCAACACGGCCGGCGCGGCCAAGCACCAGGCGGUGGCGCUGCUGGUGCAGUCGGACAGGUCCAUCUUCCUCAACUGCCGCAUGGACGCGUACCAGGACACGCUGUACGCGCACUCCAAGGCGCAGUUCUACCGCAACUGCGUCAUCUCCGGGACCAUCGACUUCAUCUUCGGCGACGCGGCCGCCGUGUUCCAGAACUGCAUCCUGGUCCUCCGCCGGCCCAUGGACAACCAGCAGAACAUCGCCACGGCGCAGGGCCGCGCGGACGGGCGCGAGAGCACGGGCUUCGUCUUCCAGUACUGCCGCUUCACCGCCGAGACGGGGCUCAAGGACGCGUCCCGCCCGCCCAUCCGGAGCUACCUCGCCCGCCCCUGGCGCGAGUUCUCGCGCACGCUCAUCAUGGAGUCCGACAUCCCCGCGUUCAUCGACAAGGCCGGGUACCUGCCGUGGAAUGGCGACUUCGGGCUCAAGACGCUGUGGUACGCCGAGUACGCCAACCGGGGGCCCGGCGCCGACACCGCCGGCCGCGUCACAUGGCCCGGCUACAAGAAGGUGAUCAGCAAGGAGGAGGCCGAAAAGUUCACCGUGCAGAACUUCUUGCACGCCGAGCCGUGGCUCAAGCCCACCGGGACACCUGUCAAGUACGGCUUCUGGGCGUGAGCACAUAUUCUUGUGGAGACCAGAGGAUGUCGAUGAAGCAGAGGAAGUCAUCUAUGCCUAGUUUGCCUAUGCAUGGUGGUAAAUCACUAAUCGUCCAUUGUUGGGAGCAUGUUCAUCCACGGACGGACGAGAUAAGGUGCUGAGUUGAUAUGACCAUAAUCCAUGUACAGUGUGUCACCUGAACACUUGUUUGUACUGAUUUGGAUGCUGUCAGACAUGUCGUAUUUGUGAAUCGGAAUUCUAGGACUAUUAUGCUAGUAUAUACUUCACAUGAAUGGCGAAGAUGGAUGGUGUGUCGGAUCCUAGCAUAGUGAUGGUGUUGGCAGCACACAGUCCAAGCAAAUCGAAUCGCAAUCGAAGAACAUCGCCAUACAAUCCAAGCUUCUCUGGUAGCUAUGUGAUCGGCCUGAGCCACAGGACAGGACAUGCAUUGGGGAGCGCUAGAGAAGACGGUGGCCGCAAACACCAAUGACAUCGUCGUGCUCCACGCCAAGCUGGAAGACAAACCUUUAUUGUCUCUGAUUAUAUUGAGCAGUUUGCACAACUUGUGGACCAACUGAAUGCUUAUCAGCUCAAUGUUGAUCCUCUGUAUUAUGCCACAAAAUUUGUCGAUGGUUUGAAAGAUGAUGUUAAAUGGUUGGUCA